AUGGCGACGAUGAGAAAACGGAAGAAUCUGACAGCGGAUGGAACAUAUAGGCCUGCGAUCCCUCCACAUCCAGAAGCACACAUGCGCUUCGUGCGGUUACCCAGCUGCCAAGAUGCGCAAAUGUAUGUAUACCAAACUGGAAUCAUGUAUCCUCAAGCGAGGACUAUGUUGCACCCGGGAGGCACUAUUGGCGAGUGUUUACUUACAUGGCAUACUACUCUGCAGAUAACUGGAGUCAGAAGGCCCUUCGGCGAAGAACCACCGGUACCGGCCGCAUGCGUUACCUUAAGUCCGUCGACCGCAAGUUCAAGAACGGUUUCCAGACCGGAGCUCCCAAGGGCGCCCGUGGCCCAGAGAAGGCAUAGACAAUCAAACACCUCCUUAUUUUCCUCCCCCUCUCUUUCCUUCCGGAGUUCGAUAAGAUGUGGCGAAACCCUCUUAUUUCUAAAGGGUAGCCUGCGAGCGGAAUGGGACUUGUUUUUGAUCCAUGACACCAUUUGA